CUUUUUCCCUUCAACUUUCUCAAUUAGCAAACAUGGGUCGCAUGCACACUCCUGGUAAGGGUAUCUCUGGUAGUGCCCUCCCCUACCGCCGCACUCCCCCUUCGUGGGUCAAGACCACCACCGAAGAGGUUGUCGAUAUCAUCUGCAAGAGUGCCAAGAAGGGUAUGUCCCCUGCUCAGAUUGGUGUCAUUCUCCGUGACUCCCACGGUAUCCCCCAGGUUCGCAGCGUCACUGGUAACAAGAUCCUCCGUAUCCUCAAGUCCAACGGUCUCGCUCCCGAGGUCCCCGAGGAUUUGUACCACUUGAUCAAGAAGGCUGUCUCCAUCCGUAAGCACUUGGAGCGCAACCGCAAGGACAAGGAUUCCAAGUACCGCUUGAUUUUGAUCGAAUCUCGUAUCCACCGUCUUGCUCGUUACUACAAGACCUCCGGCCAGUUGCCUCCCAACUGGAAAUAUGAAUCUGCCACUGCUUCUGCUAUGGUUGCUUAAAUCCGGUCUGCGGUCUCAACGACGCUUCGGCGCUGGUGUUCCAUAUCUUUUUCCUUGCAUUAGGAAUAGUAGAUACAUUGUCGAAAAAGAAAGUUCAAUGGCCCCAAUAGUUGUUAAUAAAAAACACGAUUGGUUAGUGCCGUUUUUAUGCUGUUGUUCAGGUUUGCUUUUGUAUGUGAUGUUCCUUUGAUAAUGUAUGAUGGUCGAUCCCAAUGAUGACAGCUUUUUUCAAAAACUUUACUUGAAAACACACCAUGUGAGUUUAUGUAUUCACACUGACUGAGGGAUCAAUCAAUACCAUUCAUCAUUAUUUGUUAUGAACUAUUCAUGUUACAAUAAAUAAAAAAAAGACAAUUCACCUCUCA